UUCUGCCGCGCACGGAGAGGACCGUGCGGAAUAAAAAGCCCAAACUCCGGUCGUUUUAUAUGUCUACAGUGAAGGAACGAAAAACUUCACAAGGGAAGUUUCCAUCCUGGAUCUGCAGUUAUUAGAGGCGUUAAUUAAACGAGAGUUUACACUUCUGAUAUGGUUAGAUUAGUGCAUUGAAGAAGAAAGGGGGGAUUUGAGUACAAGCGACAGUGGUAUUAGUAUUUUGUCUGGCUAAUAGUGUGGCGACAGGUCGGCGGUGGUUUGCCCCUGUUUUGGGAUCCCCCCCAUCGAGGAAAUACAAGGACAUUUUCGACACCGUGUGGAGAUUCUUCGAAGGAGAGCAUUCUCGGUCCUCCGUACACUUGGCUCUCUGCUGCCAAAGUUUCCCGGUGCUAAGGUGCAGCCACACCGGGAGAAGGCGCAGAGCGACGGCCGCCAGUCUCCGGCUAGCUCGCCUGCUGCUUCUGCUUCUCGGAUCGAGGCCGUGUCGGCGAGGCGACAAUGCUUGACAUAAUGUCUGAACACCAAGAUUCACUGUUAACGUGUAAAACGGAACCUCUGCCCCCAGAAAGGAAGAAGAGGACUGUCGAGGACUUCAACAAGUUCUGCAGCUUUGUCCUGGCUUACGCUGGUUACAUCCCCAGUCCAAAAGAGGAAAGCUCGUGGUCCCCAACAUCAUCCAGCUCUGCACACAGUUCAGGGUUGUCAGCAGAUGGUGGAGGUGGAGGCAGCAGCUCCAAUGGCAAUACCUGGGCAGACGGGGGUUCUGACAUCCACACCAUUCAUACGUUUGUCCGCAAAGCUCGAGCAAAUAAGGGCAAAAAUAUUCGUCGCAUGCACUCUGAUAGCACGCUGCUGGACAAAAUGCAGCUUAAAGACUCCCUUUAUGAGAACCAGGCCAUCACUAAGGGAGAGCGCAAGAAGGACAAAAAACUGAAAAAGUUGUCACUGGAUUCUGCCAUGGGGGCAGCAGAUAGUGGCAGCAGUGAGGGUGAGAAAAGAGCUCGCAUCAAACGCAGCAAAAACUCAAAACAGCCGAAAGCUAAGAAGCUCAAGAGUUCAGCUCCUCAAAGUGAGACGGACUCCGAGACACGGAAUACACACUCUGAGGUACGAGCCGGCAGGGAGGAGCUGUCGGGGCACGGGGGCUCCUCUUCAAGCAUGCAGGGCGUGGGGAAGGUGCAGCCAGAUGAAUCCAUCAGGGAAGCAGAAAUGAGCUCUAGCGAGGGUGAGACAUGGAUCGCUGAUGAAGACAUUAUGGUGGAAUCAGGGGAUGAUUCAUGGGACUUGAUCACCUGUUACUGCGGGAAGCCAUUCGCGGGACGGCCGAUGAUCGAGUGCAACCAGUGCGGCAUCUGGGUGCACCUGUCAUGUGCAAAGAUUAAGAAGUCAAAUGUUCCCGACAUCUUUUACUGCCACAAGUGCAGGGACUUGCGGCGGUCGGGGCACAAAAAAGACACUUAAAGCUGAGGGGAAGGGAGCGUUUGAUCUGUUUUUGCUGUCCUCUGACACUUACUUUCUUUCUUUGAUGCCUACAGCCAAAACAGCCUAAGCUACACCUGGAGGGCAACUGUAAUGUCAGUUUGUUGGAUUUCUUUUGACAAUCACAAGCAUUCUUAUUUAUCCCUCACAUUUAAUUUUUGUUUUCCCUUUGGCUACUGUGAAGAGAACUGGAAAGAAGGCAAUAGUGACGGUUGAAAAUAUAUAUAUAUAUAUAUAUAUAUAUAAAAUAUAAAAAAAUUUGUUAUUAAUUGAGUUCUACAUUGAUUGGCUUUGUUAUUUACAGUUCUGGUGAUGUGCACAUGCUUUUUCAAUUUUUCUCAUAUUGACUGAAGGUCCAUUUUGGAUUGGAAUAUAUUUCUUACUAAUAUUGACAAAUUACUGAAAACUGUCCUUCGGUCUCUGGAGUAUCACUCUGAGUUUGAUCCAAUCAUUCCCACCCUUAAAUCAAUGCAUGUACACAUUGGGAGGAGAGCCCAGCUUACAUUUUGUCUGUUAAGAGGUGGGAUAAUGUCACUCCUGUUAUUUCUUUAGACGUAUUUCAGUGCUAGACGGGCAGCUCGUUUUGUUUUCGAUCGUACUCUGGCAGUUUAUGUUAAGCUUUUUCUUGGGUUAUCGGUGGUGAUCACUGAAUGUCAAAAUGUAAACAUUUUACUCCUAAAAUACAAUGAAUGAUGUUCAUAGAAUCAGAUAAAGUUUAUUAGUUUGCAUCUUCAAAUGCAUCCAGGUGUCGAGUUGUAUUCAAACUAUUCUUUCAGCAGUGCACUUUUAAAACCUAAACCUUUUUUCACUCUAUACUCUAGUGAAAAUUGGGGCAACUAUGAUGAGCUACAGCUAAUUAAUACCGAACUUGGCUGUGUGCAUUCAUGAUGGCGCGCUUGGUGUUUUUCACAGGCCAGCUUAUUAAUCAGUUAGCCAUUAACCGUGAGUACAUUUUGACAUUUGUCCUUUUUUUUUUUUUUUUUUUUUUUUUUUUUUUUUGUGUCUGUGUGUAAUAUGUUCGUUUUGUUUCUUUGUAUGUGUGUUAAAUCAUCUGAUAUGAGGUGGGAGUAACAUUGCUGUAAGAAUUUUUUUGUUUUGUUUUUGCCGUACGUCAGUGGCCCUGAGGCUCGUUCAUGAAUGGUUGUAAAAUAUAUAUAUGUAUAUUAUUUUUUUUUUUUUCAUAGCUUUCUGAGGAGCGGGAUUAGAGAUGCGCUCCCGCACCAGAAAAAGGACAAAUAAUUGUCUCACAUCGAGAACAAAGUUGUAGUGUACAGAAAACAAGUCGAGGCUGUCUAGGUUGUGGCAUUUGUUUGUUAUUUGGUUUUUACCAUGUGCAUUUUCUUUUGUUUGUGGGAGAGUCGUGGUAAAUCUCCAGUAGCAGUUGCACUCUCUGUACAACUUUAAUUCUGUGUACAUAUCCUGUUCUUUGACAACUGUACAUAUGUGAAAGCGAAGAGAGAAUACUCAAGCAAAUUCUAUAUUUUCUGCAGUCUGAUAUGUUUUUCUUUAAUUGUAGCUUGAAAAAUAAAAGUCUUUGGGAACAUA